AUGCUCUGCAGCAACCGCCCGGAAGGCUUUGGCCCACACUCAACCCUCUCCUCCCCAAUCCCAACAACCUGCUUCGUCGACACAAUCAUAAUCCCCCUCCCCGUCUGGAUCGCUUUAUUUCUCCUCCCCCUCCUCAUCACUAUCUCCCUCCACCACCGAAAACAGAACUUUGACCCCUCAACCGCGCAUCUUCGCGCCGUCGCCCCACGAUCAUGCAGCUUCAUCACCGUCCACAUCCUGUUCUACCUCUUCAUAAUCGCCAACAUCCUCAUGCUGACACUCGAGAUUGUGCGCCUGGAAUUACUACACUUUGGCAUUGGCCUACUGCCGUUUUCGUAUGUCGGGCUGUUGCUAGGUGCGGGGCUGCAUGCGAGUGAGGGGUUCCGGGGGCAUAUUAGAGGAUGGCAGGUCGUGAAUGGUGUGCUCUGGCUUGGGGGUAUGGUUGUUAGUAUUGUGCAGGUAGUGGGGUUGAAUAAGGAGGGCAUCCAUGGGAGGAAAGGGACUAAGUAUCCCAUCAGUGAUCAGGUCAUUGAUGUUGCGGUUAUGGCGGGGGUUUAUGCUGCUAUUGCGCUGUUGGAGGUCGGGUUGGGGGCUUGGAGCGUGAAGAGGGAUGGUGGUAGAAGAGAAAGUUUGAAGAGUGGCAUUGGGGGUGUUGGGCAGCACGAGAUGACUGAUUAUGGUGCAGCGCAUCAUAGAUCAUAG